AGCGGCGUCCCGGGUCGGCGGCUGCCCCAGACGCGCGAUGGACGCGUACGGGGCGGGGGGCCGGGAGUCGGCCGUGUCGCUCACCUGCCCGGCUUGCCGCAUCUCGGCGGUGUCGACGCGGGCGCGGGCCAUGUGCCCCUUCUGCGGCUCCUUCUACAACCGGGACGCCAACUCCAACACGUCUCUGCGCAGGAGAACGGCACCGGGCGACAGCCUGCCGCACAUAGAUUCUCAGCGGCCGCUGGUGCGUGUCACUGGCUUCGGGCCGCUCAUCACAGACAGCCUGGGCGCUAUCCACGCGUACAUCACAGGCCUCAUCCUGCGGCCUCCGUCGCCGACUGCGCUCUACUCGUCGCUGCCGCCCGUGCAGCACGACGCCGAGCGCCGGCUGUGCACGCAGAGCGCGGGCUCACCGCCGGAGCCCGCAAAGGACACCGGCUCGGUCUACGGCCGCGAGCAGCUGCUGCCCGAGCCCGAGUACCCGGUGCGCCGCAAAAACAUCCGCGAACUCAGGGAAAUCGUUGAAGAAGGUCGGGCGUCGUGCUGCUUUGCCAAGGUGCAGGAGUUCUACGAGCAAACGUUCAGUUCCCUAGUUGAGCUGAAUGCACUAUUUAAGGAAAACCCAAAUCAGGAUGAUGCAAAGCUUGAAGAUCCGGAGAUCAAGAUCGACUUGUUGCAUGCGGUGUAUGACACCUUAGAAGAGCUGCCAGCGUACGUGAGCAAGGCGGUUUUAAAAGGAAUUAUUAACUCGUUACUAGCUACAGACAUCAGAUUAAAGACAAAAGAUGACACGCGAGCUGUAUAUAUUCUGCUUCAGAAUCCCAUAUUUAGCAGCCAGGCGUCAUACACCGUAUUUGCACAUCUUUUGCGCAAAGUGGUGUCAUUAAAAAGCUCAGACCACCAACUGCUCAUUCACUGGUUUUCAAAUUCUACGCCGGAGAGGCUCCGAGCCUUAGUGAAGCGUCUUCUGCAGUUCAUCACCAUACGAGAAUUUCCUCCCGCUAACGGCCACAAACUGCCGUCUAUCAGCAAAAGCCGGUGGUGGAUUCCCUGCGCUACGAGAGUGCUGGCUCUGAUAAAUGCGGCAAACAACAAGAAGAAUCCGAACAUAUUGAACUACACCGAGUUCUACAACAGUGCCUUAGACCACAUCGAUCUGAUGUCUGAAUACUACCGGUGGCAGUCUCCGGGAAAGCACACAAAGUUUUCUUACUGCCAGUAUCCUUUUAUUCUAAGCAUCGUGGCGAAGAAGUCUAUCCUGCAGCGAGAUUCUGAACAACAGAUGAUACUAAAUGCGAGGAGAAGUCUACUGAACCGCGCUCUUCACCAUCAGGCGCCAGAUAUUGAUGUAUUUUUUCUCAACCUGAACGUUCGGCGGUCACACCUCGUGUCAGACUCACUUAAUGAGAUAGCAAGAAAGCAAAGCGACCUAAAGAAAAAGCUUAAGGUUACUUUUGUUGGCGAGCCAGGGCUGGAUAUGGGGGGACUGACAAAGGAGUGGUUUCUCUUGCUCAUAAGGCAAAUCUUCAGCCCCGACUACGGCAUGUUUGUAUAUCACAACAAGGCAAGAUGCUACUGGUUCAGCACAACACAACUAGGCAACCUACGAGAAUACAAUCUUAUAGGCGUUCUAAUGGGACUCGCUGUCUACAACUCAAUCAUUUUGGAUCUCCAUUUCCCGACGGCGUGCUACAAGAAGCUGCUCAACCCUCCAGUUGUUCCGCACAAUAUUGAGAACGCCUACGUAGGGAUCUGCAAGUUCACAACGGAGGACCUCGCCGAAGUGAUGCCGGAUGUCGCUGUUGGUUUAAAUGAACUGCUGGCGUACGAGGGAAACGUUGAGGAGGAUUUUUGCAUGAAUUUUCAGGUUUCUGUAGAAGAGUUCGGAGAAGUGAAAACCCACACCCUGAAAUACGGCGGCGAAGACAUUCCAGUUACAAGCGAAAAUAGAAAAGAAUACGUGGAGCUGUACGUGGAUCUAGUCCUGAAUAAGGCGAUCGCUCAGCCAUUCAAAGCCUUCUACCUUGGAUUUCACAGCGUUUGCGCUUCCAACGCCCUCAUCAUGCUUCGUCCCGAAGAAGUUGAAAUGCUCGUCUGUGGUUGUCCGAAACUAGAUCUGGAUGAACUACGAAAAGUCACUGUAUAUGACAGCUUUGAGGAAGAUGAACCAAUUAUCAGGGACUUCUGGGACAUACUGAAAUCGUUCAACUCUGACGUACAAAAGCAAUUCCUUCGCUUUGCUACGGGCAGCGACCGAGUACCCGUCGGUGGCAUGGGAGAGAUGGCGUUCAAGAUUUCGGCUCAGAACACCAACACGGAGAUGCUGCCCGUGUCGCACACCUGCUUCAAUCAGCUGGUGCUACCCAAGUACAAAAGCAAGGACGUCCUUCGCGAGAAGCUGACCAUCGCAAUCUCCAACGCAGAGGGCUUCGGCCUCGAGUAGGACCAAGACUAGCCGUCUGCUAUCGACCAGAAUGGGGCCUUACGUAGAUUCUUCAUGGUGUAAACAACGAGCACUUAUUAUUCCCAGGGGCUGCACAGAAGACGCCAGUGACUACGCGUAUACAAGGCACUUCACUGCGCGCGCUCCUCACUGUAGUGAGCACGACCCUGCCUGUUUUCUCCCUCCCCCGCUUUGAGUGCGGCAGAGACUCCUUCUGCGUCUCUCUGUUAACGUACGUAUUUGGGGAUAAACGCGAUGGGCACUCGCGCGCAGUGCUCGCGGUUCAAUGCGGCGUCUCAAAGUGACAAGAGAAUGUUCUUUUUAUAUUCUGUGUGUCGGCUCUUGGAAACGGUAAGUAGUUUAUAGGACAACUUACGGCCUAUCUCUACGGGUCCAAAUCAUACGCAACGUAACCAUAUCAUAGUUAGUGAACUUUGUGCCACUAUUGUGAUGUGGUGCAGUCGUUUAGUAAGGAGCGAUACCGACGGCUUGAACGAUACAAAUCUCGAGUCUGCGAACAGCUCGAGGUUCGGGGAGCUAUCCAAAAUAAAAUGGGUUUAGAAAGUCAUGUCCUAAAGGAAAUAAAGUGAAUUAUACUGUG